CUAUGAUUUGUUAUAAAAACCAAAUCAAUUGUCGCGUUCACAUUUAGUUAGCGCUGGGAGCUCCCAUUAAAAUGUUGUUCCAACGAGUGAUAGGUGUGAGUGUGCGAUUUGUGGUUACCCUCUGGGUGAUAAUUCAAGCCUGCAAUGGGGGUAUGGCUUUAAAAUGUGGCGAAGAUGAUGAAGAUUGUCGGGAACAGUUCAUGCAUCCUGAUUUGAGGGAGCAUGCCUUAAAGCGUCGCUCCAUACCUGCGGAAGUUUUAUCGGAUUAUUGGCUGGAUAAGGGUCAACGCUUUGUGGCCUAUAAAGAUGCCACCGCCAAUACGCCCCCCAGAGGUAAGGCCAAAAAUAUUAUACUCUUCUUGGGAGAUGGCAUGUCUUUGUCCACCUUGGCUGCAACACGCAUCUAUCUGGGUGGGGAGGAGCAGGAAUUGUCAUUUGAAAGUUUCCCCGAUACAGGGCUAAUGAAAACCUAUGCCAUUGAUAGCAUGGUGCCGGAUUCGGCGUGUGCAGCCACAGCCUUUUUGGCUGGAGUAAAAGCCAAUUAUGGCACCUUGGGUGUUUCUGGUCAUGUGGAGAGAGGUGAUUGUGACGCCUCAGCGAAUACUUCAUUUCAAGUGGACUCCAUAGGCAAAUGGGCCUUAGAUAGUGGACGUCAAGUGGGCUUGAUAACCAACACUCGAAUCACACAUGCCACGCCCGCCGGCCUCUAUGCCCAUGUGGCCGAUCGUGAUUGGGAGAAUGAUAAGAAAUUGAAAAAUGAUUGUGGCAAAAACUCUGGCAUAAAGGAUAUAGCCCUUCAGUUAAUGGAGGGUGAUGUAGGCAGUCGCCUUAAAGUCAUUAUGGGUGGCGGCAGGGCCCAGUUUGUGGACAAUGGCUAUUAUGAAGAUGGCAAACGGCGCGAUGGUCGUAAUCUAAUUCAAGAAUUUUUGGACGAAAGUGCCCAAAACAUUUAUGUUGAAACCAAAGAAGAUCUAGAGCAUGCUGAUGUGGAGAACACCAAACGCCUAUUGGGCCUCUUCAAUGAUGGUCAUAUGAAAUACAAUUUGAAGGCUAUGGACUCUGUAAAAAAUCAUCAACCCUCUUUGCCAGAGAUGACCAAAAAAGCCAUCGAAAUUUUGCAGAAUGAUGACAAGGGCUAUUUUCUAUUGGUUGAGGGUGGUCGCAUUGAUACUGCUCAUCAUGAUAAUAAAGCCAAGUUGGCUCUAGAUGAGACGGCCCAGCUGAGUGAGGCGGUGGCCUUGGCCAGAUCGAUGACAAGCGAAGAGGAUACUUUAAUAGUGGUGGCUGCAGAUCAUUCGCAUACUAUGAGCAUUUCAGGUUAUGCUAAACGCAGCAACAACAUUUUUGGCAUUGCCAAUUUGGCUGAUGAUAAUAUUCCCUAUCUCACAUUGAGUUAUGCCAAUGGUCCCAGUUUCAAAGAUUUUUUCGAUACGAAAAAUUCCAUGCGUUACGAUCCCUCCGAUCAAAUUGAAGAUUCUGAUUUGGACUUUGAUUUGCAGUUUCCUUCAACCGCACCUUUGGAAUCGGAGACACAUGGUGGUGAAGAUGUUGCCGUUUAUGCUUCAGGGCCUUGGUCUGAUUUAUUCAGUGGAGUUUAUGAGCAGAGUACAUUGCCUUAUCUGAUGGCAUUUGCUGGUUGUUUUGGACCUGGCAAUCAUGCUUGUCAGGCAUAGAACAAUUGAGGGUGUGUUUCUUUAAAUUGAAAGAAAACUUUUUAAAAUGUGAUAUUUUGUUUAUAAACAUGAAAUACUUUUGUUAAUCAUUUGCUUAAUGAUAAAUUUGGAAAAAAAAUUAAGGUUUUUUAUUUA